ACCGCCCCCGGGGUGAGCACGGCCCGGCGCUGGGCACGGCCCCGGGGUGAGCACGGCCCGAUGCUGAGCACGGUCCCGCCCCGCCGUGCGCAGCGCCCAGCACCGCCCCGCGCCUGCACCGCAUAAGUACCGACCGUCCGGGGCUGCUCCGUAGCGCUGCGAGCUUCACCCAGCCGUGCCUCAGCGACCUUCACCGAGCCCACCGGAGCCUCGCCGAGCCUCGCCAUGGACCCCCAGGACUGCACGUGUGCGGCCGGUGACUCCUGCUCCUGCGCCGGCUCCUGCAAGUGCAAGAACUGCCGCUGCCGGAGCUGCCGCAAGAGCUGCUGCUCCUGCUGCCCUGCAAGCUGCAGCAACUGUGCCAAGGGCUGUGUGUGCAAGGAGCCGAGCAGCAGCAAGUGCAGCUGCUGCCACUGAACCGCUCAGCUGCGCCUGUACAUAGCCAACACGCUUCAGGGACAGGGGAUGGGGAGGGGAGGGACACCAAACAACCCUAUUUUUCUCAUGUUUUCUAUCUUCUGUACCAGUGGUGACACUGGGUGGAAAUAAAGAAUUUGGACUGGAA